AUGGGGACCCCGCGCACGGAGCGGCCCCGCUGGCUGGGCACCCUCCUGGGGGCCCUGCUGGCCUGCCUGGCCUCCGUCCGGGCCACCAGCGCCUGUCCCCGGCCCUGCGCCUGCCACGGCCCCGCCGAGCUGCACUGCACCUUCCGCUACCUGAGCGCCGUGCCCCCGCGCAUCCCGCCCGGCGCGCAGCGCAUCAACCUGGGCUACAACAGCCUGAGGAAACUCAGCCCCACGGACUUUGCUGGCCUGGAGAAACUGGAGCUGCUGAUGCUGCACAGCAAUGAGAUCAGCACCCUCCCUGAGAAGGUGUUCAGUGAUUUACGUUCACUGCAGGUCCUAAAAAUGAGUUACAACAAGGUCAGAGUGCUGCAGCAGGAUGUAUUUCAUGGCCUGAACAGCUUGGUACGGCUGCAUAUGGACCACAAUCAAAUUGAAUUUGUGAAUCCCAAUGUUUUCUAUGGACUCACCUCCUUGAGGUUGGUCCACCUGGAUGGAAAUUUACUUCAGCAGCUGCAUCCAGACACUUUUGUCAGCUUGCGCUACAGCCAGAUAUUCAGAAUCUCCUUCCUGAAGCACAUCUCUCUGUCUGACAACGUGCUGACCUCACUUCCACAAGAAAUGUUUUCCUACAUGUCAGAGCUCGAGAGCAUUUACCUGCACGGAAACCCCUGGUCCUGCGACUGCAGCCUGCAGGGCUUUGCAGAGUGGGCUCAGGACAGACCAGGUGAGCUGAAGGCUUUGUUUGUGCUCUUUGAUCCUCUUGUGGCAUCUCACCCUUCCUGAGGCAGGCAGCUGUCCUUUAUUCAUCUAUUUACUCUCCCAGAAGAGACUGGGAGGUAGGAGUUUUGUAGGUGGGUGUGAUAAGGAUAAAGAGAUUAAUAUCACUUUGUUUCCCGAAUUAAAUUAAUCUAGUGGUUUUAACACAUUCCCAAGUGCAGAUUUUCUUAAUGGAGAAUUUUCCUUGGCCAGUCCAAAGCUUCUGUGCACCAGGAGAACCCACAGGGAACAAGCUAACUUUCAUGGAAUUGGCAAGAGCAAGGGCUCCAUUGCACUUGGUUCUUUAAAAAGAAAAUAAACAACAAGGAACUCCAGGACUUUACUGCUGCCAUUCACAUGUCACUUCAAGCCUUGGUUUUAUUUUGUUUAAAAGAACCACUUGUUAGUAGCUAUAUCUCAUUUUAAGUACUAAAACUUGUAGCACAGAGGCUUACUGAAGUUUCCUUCCCUCCAGAUGUUAUAAAGUGCAGAAAGGAGAGAAGUUCUGGUGUCCA